UGCAAUUCAGUAAUUAACUGCAUAAAUAACUAAAUCAUAAUUUAUGACAGGAAUUGUCAAAAAUCUAUUCAUAUUAAAAUCUAUUAGCCUACUAAUAUUAAACAUUGUUUUUAUUUUGAAAAUUUCUACCGGAAGUCCUGCUUUCCCACACCUCGGACUUCGUUCAUGUCGGUAUAAUUGGCAAACUGAAGCAGCAACUUUCUCCGCUAUUUGGACUCGGUCAUGUCGAACAACAGUGCAGCCAACAGCAGCUUGGUCAUGGCCCAGAAGGCAGUGAAGCAGCUGCGGCUGGAAGCCAGCGUCCGGCGGUUAAAGGUCUCUCAGGCAGCCGCAGAACUGAAGACCUUCUGUUUGCAAAAUGCUCACAAAGAUCCACUCCUGACUGGGGUACCCUCCAGUGAUAACCCAUUCAGGCCUCCCAAGUCAUGUGUUCUGCUUUGAGGGCUGUAGAGGAAAGGAAAACAACAAACAAAUACCUGUGUAUUUUCACAAAGUGUCUCACUGCUAUUGAAGAUGAAGAAGAUGACCUCACUGCUUGCAGCGGAUUCAGAAGGACAUCUUGAAAACAACAAAUGUUGCAGUGAAAGAAAAUGCCCCAGAAUUCUUUACGUUUCCAAAGCUUGACAGAAUUGGUCUAAAAUGAAAUAUUGAAUGAUGAGUUUUGCUCCAGCAAGACUCUGAGACAUAAAAUAUAUUUCAUUAUGCUAGCAUUUAUUUUUUGUUUGAACCUUUAUUUUUUAAACAUUGUGAUUUUAGUAGGAAUUAAAUUACAGCAACAAAUGCUUGUUUUCCAAAUCAAACUUCCCAUCAUUUCAUUUCACCUGUCCAAAACCAUGUUUGGAAUGUAUUCAGCCAAAUGUUUUAUAAACUAUUCUAAGCUUUA